CCGUGCGGUCUCCCAGCGGUACCGGUGACUGAGUGGUGCCGGUCGGGGACGAGUCCCGGGCCGUGAUAAGAGCAGCUGAGUAGAAAGGGUUAAAGAAUCUGCCACCGACAUCCGGGAGAUUCUGUGCGGUUAUAGGAAGCUGACAACAAUGAUUGCUAAACGACGACAGACGAAGCCAGAGAAACAAGAGGAGCAUGGCGGCCCCUCCAAGGUGAAGAGGCGCCGUGCGAGCAGUAAGAAGGUGAGGCCCCCGGACUCGGUGCUGGACGGUGACGGCCUCUUCUUGCAGCUGCUGACGUCUUCUGGACUCGCCUUGAAGUCUGGGGAGCAGCAGAAUGAACUUGCUGUGGACCAGAGAGUGUUCCAAAAGACGCUGCGCCAGGCGCUACGGAGGCACGCCCGAUACCCAGAGGUUCUCCAGGAGUUCAUGGCGGGGCUCGAGUCUCACAUUGAAGAUCGGGAGCGCUUCAGGAACUGUCUUCUGCCGUGUGGCCGCUGCAGUGAGGAUGAGGAGGGGAGCAAUCUGCUCAUGAGCUCCUUCCAUGACAGUCUGAUAAAGAUCCUGCUCAGCAUGGAUAUCCUGCAGGAGCGGGUCAUAAAUCUGCUGUUUGAGAAGCUCCCCGAGUUCCUGUACGACAGCUUUGGCAGUGAUGGCAUCAGUAUUCCUCGCCUGGUCAUCAACCAGCUGAAGUGGCUCGAUCUUAUACUGAGUGGCAAGGAGCUGACGGCCAAGAUAAUGCAGCUGGUGACGGUGGCCCCUGCGGACAUUCAGCAGCACGUCAUCAGCAGCCUGCCUGAGAUCCUGGAGGACGCCGAGCACAGCGAUGUUGCCAAGGAGCUGAGCUCGCUGUUGAAGCAGAAUACGCAGCUGACGGUGCCCAUCCUGGACGCCUUCUCCAGCCUGAACCUGAGCUCGGAGCUGCUGACAGAGGUGCGGCAGUGGGUCAUGUCCACCCUCUGUGCUGUGGACCUGGAAGUGGUUCCGGUCAUUGUCAAGUUCAUUCUUCACACGGUCACCCCCUCGGACGCUCUGGAGGUGAUCUCUGAACUCCGCAGGAAUCUCGAUGUGGAGUCGGCUGUUUCACUGUCACAGGUCCAGGCUAGUGUUACAGGGACCCAGGACUGCGUCACCAUCCUGAUGGAAGUCAUUAAAUCGGGCAUCUGGUUUCAGAAGCACACGUGUGAAGCCUGGCUGAAGGCCAUAGAAAGUGUCCAAACGGUUGAAGAGCACAAGGUCACUGACUUCUUGGUUCUUCUGAUCCUUUACACAACAAAUUCUAACUGUAAAAAACAAGUGGAGCGCGUGCUGAAGAGCAAGGUGCGCUCCGGCUGCAUCACCAGUCAGCUGCUGCAGAACAUCUUCAGGGGGCACUCACAGGUUCUCAUGUUUUACUUUGCCUCCAUGCUGUCCUUGGCGCAGACUCUUCUGAGAUCUGUGGAGCCCGUGGUGUCCUUGUUUGGCAGCCAUCUUUUUAAGCACGCCUUCAUGGUGUUUGAUCGCUACUGCCAGCAGGAGUUGAUUGUGGCUUUAGUGACUCACAUCUGCAGCGGUUACGCCGACGAGGUGGACACUGCCCUGGAUGUUAUAGGUGACCUGGUGUCCGAUCACACGGCCGCUGUGGCGCUGCAUGCCGUCUUCAUAAAGGGUGUAUUGGAUCACCUGGAUAAUCUGAACCCUCAACAGAUCCGUAAACUCUUCCAGAUCCUGUGUACUCUUGGCUUCAGCCCGGAAGGCGCCCACAUCCAGGACGAGCUGCAUAUUGUUAUCAGAAAACAGCUGUCCAGCACCGCCCUGAAGUACAAGCGCAUAGGGGUGAUGGGGGCGAUGAGGAUGGUGGGGAGCAUGGCUACACGUGACAGGCGAAAACCAACAACUUGCAAUCCAGACUCUCCAGCUCUGAGUCCAAACGUCUUCCGCCAGGUCACCUCUCUUCUGGAACUGGCCGGUACGUGCUGCGAGCAGUCGCCGCCUGCUGCGGCCUUCUACUACGAUGAGCUGGCUGAUCUGGUGCAGACGGGAAGCCUGGACGCUCAGGUCAUGGAACAUAUGAGGAAGACAGUGGUGGAAGAUUUUCAGGAUGAUUAUGUUGUGGACCUGGACCAGGCAGCAGAAGGGACCCACCUAUUCCCAGUGAAAGCCAUGUACAACCUGGAGGAUGAUGAGAGUCAAAGUGUCGUUGUCAUCAAUCUUCUCCCGCUUCUGUCACAAGAUAUCGCUGAUAAAGUUUCUGCUCCAACAGUGCGUGAAGGACGCCUCGUCUCUCCUCUUUGCUUGUGCCCAUUUUUCCGAUUGCUGCGUCUCUGCAUAGAAGACGAGUUUGCUGGGAACCUGGAUGAGAUUGACGCUUUAUUAGGCUGCCCGCUGUACCUUACAGAUCUAGACGUCAUCGACAAGAUUGAUUCUCUGACCAAGCAAGAACGGGAGUUCCUGUGCUCGCUGCUCUUUCUGGCCAUCAACUGGUUUAUAGAGGUAGUCAACGCCUUCUGUAAGCAACCAAACGCCGACAUGAAGGGGAAGGUGCUGAGCCGUCUUCAGAACAUCACAUGGCUGCGAUCCAUCCUGGAGAAGUGUCUGCCUGCUUGUGCCGGUUAUGUUCCACCUUGUGCCCGUUUUGACUGUGAUCAGAUUGAGGGGCCACCUCCUGCAUUACCUGCUGUUACUGCUGUGAAGAAGACUAAGAGGGGAAAGAAGCGUCCACUGGGGGAUGGGAAGAACUUGUCCACAGAAGCCUCGCAGACUGAGGAGCCGCUAGAGACUCAGAAGAGCCAGUUGGAGAAGGACAAGGAUGAGAACAGCAGGCCCUGCGUCAGCCUGUGCAGUUACCGGCCAUUCUUUAGGGAGCUGGAUGUCCACGUGUUCACGGUUCUCCAGAGCGGCCUCGUCACGCGCUCACUGCUGGAUUCUAACAUGUGUACAAAGGCUACAGAAGUGGUGCAGCUGGGGCCGGCAGAGCUUGACUUUCUCCUGGAGGAUCUGUCCCGCAAAGUGGAGAACAUUCUGACCACCUCCAAAAGGUCACUCGUUCUGAAGGUGAAGGACACGAAGGGCUCAGAGUUCUCCCAUCUGCGCCAGAGGACGCCUCAAGACGUGGCAGAAGUGGUUGUCGGGCUCCUGACCCCGCUGUGCAGCCAUGUGGAGAACGUGCACCACUACUUCCAGACGUUCCUAGCUGAGGGUCCCGGUGUGGUGGGUGCUGCGGGGCUGGACGUGAAGGAGCACCAGCACAUGGCCUCCUGCUACCAUUUGCUCCUGCAGAUUUUCCACGCUCUCUUGUCCUGGAAUGGCUUUUUACAGCAUGAGAACAGGAAUCUGUGGAAGUCGGCGCUGGCGGUGUUCGCACACAGAAUAAAGGAGUCGGACCCGUCGGUGGACCUGGAGGAGCAGGUCCGCCACAGUGUCAGCUACUUCCAGAACCUGUGCAGCAGCGUCCCCACAAUCUCUGCCGCCCUGAGCCUAACGCAGCUGCUGAUUGCGCUGAUGGAGAAGACGGACGCCGCGCAGUACCGCAGCAGUACCGCCUCCAUUGUGAAAGGUUUUCUGUGCCAGUCCUGGAUCCAGCCCAACGGGGAGCGUGAGAGAGGCAUCAGGUUUAAUGAGGCCCUACAGAGCCUGUUAUGUAUCUACCUGGAGUACGCCGAUGUCCCAAAAGCCAUCGAAGAAAUCUGUGGAGCAGGAGUGUCUGAGCUGAUGAACGCGGCCAAAGACGGACAUUCAUCUACAUAUCCCACUCUGACCAGGCAAACAUUUGUGGUUUUCUUCCGUGUCCUGAUGAACAAGUUGGAGAAAUAUGUGAGGAACAUUCCUGCUGGGACAAGGGCUGACGGACAGGUACACGCGGAGCGGCUUCUGUGCUGGAGUCUGGCGGUCAGGAAUUUCCACAUUCUCGUCAACCUGAUUAAGGUGUUUGACAGUCGUCCCAUGCUGAUUACCUGCCUGAAGUAUGGCCGCCAGUUUGUGGAGACGUUCCUGAGGGUCGGGAUGCCUCUUCUGGACUGCUGUUUUAAGAAGCAUCGGGACGAUGUGCAGAGUUUACUGAAAAUCCUACAGUUAUGCACCCGGCAACUUCACCACAUGUGCGGUCACUCCAAAAUCCAUCAGGACACCGGUCUAACAACACACGUGCCACAGCUGAAGAAGACUCUGGAGAUGUUCGUGUACCGGGUGAAAGCCAUGCUGGUCCUCAACAACUGCCAGGAGGCGUUCUGGCUGGGCAACCUCAAAAACAGAGACCUCCAGGGGGAGGAAAUAUUAUCACAGAAGUCACAAGACAGUGAGACAGAAGAGGAUCCAGAGUCACAGCUCCCCCCCGAGGAGCCGGAGGAGCAGGAAGAGGAGAGCAAAGGAAGUGACCUGGAGGAGGAAGAUGAAGAGUCCGACUGAGCCUUCUGGUUUCCUAGCUGCCCCUCCCCAAUAAUAAGACUUUAUGGGCCUCCGUUAUCAUUGACCUGCGGGGUACGCCUCGUAUUAGGCACAGCAUCCGGUAGUCCGUGACCCGUCCCCUCCCUGCCCUCACUCCUGCUCUUGGGGUAACUGGCGAAGGAGAAACAUCGUUUGUGCAAGUUGGGGCAAAAAAGUUGCAAAUAUGCAGAAAACUGGGGUAUAAAUAUGAUAAAUCAGGCUCCUUGUGUGCAGGAUGUACAUGCUCCCUUCUACAUGUAUCAGACAUGGUCUCCACCUGCCCCCUGUGCAGACCGCAGGGAGCGUGCCCUUGGGCUUGUUAUAAACCUUCUGUUGUCACAUUAAAGAGUUAACAAUGCAAAAUGA